UGAAAAUAAUAAUAAUAGCUAGACAUUGCUUAAAAUAACUUUAAUUGUAAUAAUUUUAAAUGUAAAGUAUUAGCAUUGGAAUGUGAUGUCAUUAUGAAUAUAUUUAUAUGUAUGAUGUGUAACACCUGCACCGUGUCAAAGAUGGCGGAUUAAGUACGGUAACUAUGGUAACACUGUAGGGGUCAUGCCUGUUUAUAUUUCUGUAGUGGUUUUGUACAACCUGCGUGUUGUGUUUGUAUGAUUUAUGAUUUGGAGGUGCAGGACUUUUCCAGCUCGGUGGCUGUGUUGUGUGGCGGUGAUGAGCAGCAGUUGGGGAAGUGCGGGUGCGGGUCAGGCGUCGUCUCUCUACGGCCGCCUGCUGCGGCUCUCCGCGGUCCCAGGCUCCGAGCAGCACCGCCUUAACGAUGUCUUACUCCUGCGGCCUGAGCCCAAAGACACGCAGGCGACCUGCAGUGAAAAUAAUGCACACGUCGUGUUUUUCCCCGGAGACAUCCAGAACUUCCAUCAAGAGAUGGCUGUGCAGCCUGAUGCGUCUCCAUGGCUCUCAUUUAGUCUAGAGCGAGUAGCUUUGGUGCUGGGAGCCCGUUUCCCAGGCCGACACGUGUGGCUGGUGCGCCCAUCACGGCUCCAUCUGCAUAAGUUCAGCUGCUACACCAACUUUGUUUCAUGUGAUGUCUUUGGUGCACCUAAGCACUCACCUGACUAUGGUGCGGUGCUCCACUUACGAGCCCUCUUGGGCCACGCCAUGGAGCGAGCAGCCAUUGCUGAACCUUUGCCACCACUAGGAGGUUCCUCAGUGCCUGCUCCCCUCCCUAAAGGCUUCUCUCUCAUCUUAGUGGCCUUCAGCAAAGGCUGUGUGGUGCUCAAUCAGGUAGUCCAUGAGCUGGCGUCAGUCCGCACCAACCCAGAGCUGAGGCAGUUUCUGGACAGCAUCUCUGAUAUGUACUGGCUGGACGGCGGACAUCCAGGCACUGGAGACACAUGGGUGACGGAUAAGCAAGCGUUGGGCGAGUUGGCGUCUAGUGGAAUAGCCGUGCACGCUCAUGUCACUCCCUAUGAAGUAUGCGACCCAACGAGGGCGUGGGUGGGACGCGAGCAUCGGUGCUUUGUGAAGACGCUGGGAGAACUUGGUGCCCGCAUCUCACAAAACCUCCACUUUGAGGAUGAGCCAGCAUGCAUCGCAAACCACUUCCGGGUCAUCGAGGAGUUCUGAAUGGCACAGAAAUGUGUUCAUGUUGCACGAUUUGAGCUGCUUCUGACUACAAGCUUUAACACUUCAUGUUUUUCAGUUUAAGUCUCUUUAUUUGGCACAUGAUUAAGUCCUAAAUGUUUGCCAUUUUGUGUGAACAGGGAGUUUCUAAAGUGUUUACAUGGACCGUUCCCCCCCGCCUUCUUUGGUUUGAGGUCAUAGUUCCAGUUUCUUAUGCUUGUCACAGGAUACUUCUCAAGCAAAGACUAAUAAAAGGAAAAUAUUUUGACCAAAUGUGUGAACGUUCAGCUGUAACAUGGAGAAUAUCUUAUUGCAUAAUUGUAAACUGUGUCUCAAGUCAUUUAACUAUGUUUAUUUACAAUAAUGCUUAGUGUGGUACACUGAGAAAUAUGAACAUUAUGCAGACAUAGUGUAGUAAAAAGACCAGGAUGCGAAACUGUACUAAACAAAUGAUGCGAUUCAGCUGAAUAUUAGAUUUUCUUCUUUUUGGAAAAAUGUCUGAGUCAGGUGGCAUUUGUUUUUUGUUUACAUGUGGAUUAUGGUUAUUGUAAUAAAAAUGAGCCACACCUGACAGAUGAUGUUCUAAUCUAAUUGACUAGGCUAAAAAUUGGUAGCUAAUGUAAAAUAACUAGCUCGCUAAGUACAUGUAUACAGAUCGUUAUCCUCUUUUAACACUAAUACAGACGGCAUUGUUAUAUUUGUCCAUUUAUAUUUGAUGCGCUUUUGUCAAACAUGCCAGUGUUUCAGUCUGGAUAUUCACAGCAUGGUUAACUGCGAAGUGACCGUUAUUCAUGGGAGGAGGAAUUGCAUCACAGCUUUGUGCUGGAUUUUCAUUGUUUCCACACACCUGCGUUUUAACCAUGCUGAUAGAUUUAUUUUAAAUGAAUGUAAACAAUGCUGUAACUUAAGAUCAUGCCUGAACCAAUGUGUGUAGUGUAGCAGGUGGCAGGAUUGGGUACAAGUUAUAGUUGGAGCAGCAAACUGCUUCAUGUGACUAUUUUUCUUUUCAAAUAAACUCACUGGCUACUUUAAUAGGAACUUGUUUAUUCUAAGAUUCCUGAUUAGAGAACUGCAUAAAGCUGCAGGUGGAUGGGUGUUCCUAAUAAAGUGGACAGUGUGCAUAUAAAUGAAAUUUUUUGUUUGGUGAAAGUCAAGUAGUAGUGUCACCUUUUUCAGAGUGUUGAAGCGACUUAUCCACUGAAUGGCUACAAGUAAAAUAACAGACACAAAAUCUGCUUGGCCCAGGCUACUGGUUCAUCCGCUGCUGUGCAACAUGAAUGUUUACAAAUCGUUGACUAUAUGUCAAUGAAGCAAUGGCUCAUGGGUUAACCUGCACCAAUUCCAGUGAGAUGAAAUGUCUACUUGUGAAGUGCACUAGUGUGAAAUGUUUCAUGUGCAGGCUGAAUGUUUCUGCUCUGCUGCAGUGACAGUCAUGUUGCCAUUCCGUGCUUUUAUUUAAAAAAAAAAAGCUUUUCUUUGUUUACUUGAUAAUAAAGUAAUGCAUUAGG